AUAAAUAAAUGAUUGCAUCGAUUGAUUGAAUCAAAUAUUAUAGCAGUUAUUAUAAUCACAACAAUCAACAAACCAUUUGCAUCAGUGUCAACAAACUGCAGUUGCGGUCACCCGUAAUGUACGGUCAAUGAUUGGUGGUCACCACCAGAGCCAGUGGUCAAUUGCCCGACGAAGACGACGUCAACCACUAUAAUACAAUCAAAAUGAGAGGCCACCCGACGUCGGCAACAACAACAACAAGACAUACCGGUCGUGGCAGAGGACGCGGCGGUGGCGUAACUGGUAGAGCGUCGUCAUCGGUGGCUACAGUGGUCGCUACCGGUGCCGCUACGGCCGAUACGGUGGCGACGACAACAGCAACCAAUGGCGACAGUACACGAAAGACCCGAUCAAUGGCCAAACAAUCGUCCACUGAAUCGCCGCCAUCGACAACAAGUAGCAUAACUAAGAAGAGAGCGAAAGUUAGAUCAACUGUAGCCGAACCGACUAUUGUGACCAGCGAUGAUGAUGAUAAUGACAAUGGCGUUAAUGUCGAUGAUAGUACAUUAACGCCUACGACUAAUGGUGGCCGCUUAUCGGCCGCGAUAACAACACCGCUAUUGAGUGGACGAAAGCGCCGAAAGAGAGGUCGCGGCGCCGCUUCAUAUAUAGCUCGAAUGCGCAACAAAACUCUACGACCAUCGACACCGUCAGGUCACGAGUCGGACACCGCCGGUGGUGGCGAUACUCAACGCCUAUCGGCCGCCUCACCUAUGGAAGACACAGACAGCGAGCGCGAUAAUGCCGGUAAUGACAGCUCCGAUUUGGACGUACAAAACGAUGGCCGUUGUUGUGUACCGGACUGUGACUCUACUGGACACUUGUCCGGCAAGUUUGACGUACAUUCCUCGCAAAACAUGUGUCCCGUCUAUCACAACGUUACGCCUGAUGACUGUCGCCAGCGGUACGGCCGACGCCAACAGCGGCGACAAAAACAACGUAACGAUGGCUUUGGCACCGAUGAGAGCGGUAAACGACGCGAAUUGCGCCAAAAGGCAGUCAGUCCGACAAACAAAGAGGACAAACUGACAGUACUAUUGGAAAGUCGGCGAAAAGAUUUGCAAAAGGAGUUACUUUCGGCCAACAGUCCAAAUAAAGGACAGGGAGAUGGAGGAGGUGUAGGACCUAAAUGUAAACGCCAAAAGACGUCCAGUCGAGAACCCGAUUUGAAAGGUCUGACACCGAUAUUCGAUUUGGAUAUGUUUCGCGAAGCCCAGGCCAGGGCUGCCGAACUCAUUGAGGAACAGUUAUCCGCCGAACAGGUCGUCAAACGCCAGGGUAUCGGUCUGGUAGAGAUGGGCCGCUACGAAAUGGCCGCCUGGUAUUCUAGUCCCUAUCCCGAAGAAUAUCAGUGCCUACCGAAGCUCUACAUAUGCGAGUUUUGUUUGAAAUACACCAACAGUCCACUGAUACUCAGACGCCAUCUACACAAGUGUGUCCGCCGCCACCCGCCUGGCGAUGAAAUUUACCGAAAAACGAAUAUCUCAUUCUUCGAAGUGGACGGCGAAACAAACAAACAGUUUUGUCAGAAUCUUUGCCUUUUGGCCAAAUUAUUUUUGGAUCACAAGACACUGUACUUCGAUGUCGAACCGUUUCUCUUCUAUAUUAUGACCGAAGCUGAUGCCGAAGGCUGUCAUAUUGUCGGAUAUUUUUCGAAGGAGAAACAGUCGUUCCUAUCGUAUAACGUUUCCUGUAUACUAACAUUACCCCCUUACCAGAGACAGGGCUACGGACGGAUGCUUAUCGACUUCAGCUAUCUAUUGACCAAAACAGAGGGCAAAGUCGGUUCACCAGAAAAGCCGUUAUCCGAUUUGGGACUAAUUUCUUAUCGAAGCUAUUGGAAACAAGUGAUACUCGAGUAUCUGUCCUUCUAUGAGGGAAAGGAUAUAUCGAUAAAAGACGUUAGCUCACAGACCGGUAUCAAUGCCUACGACAUAGUGUCCACAUUGCAGUCGAUGGGAAUGUUAAAGUAUUGGAAAGGCAAGCACCUGGUGCUCACCCAGAAGGACAUACUGGACGAGUUUCGUACAAAACUAAAGCGCCGCAAAAAUCCCAAAGUGAUUGAUCCGAAAUUUCUUCACUGGACACCUAAGAUGACGGCCAAUCAUUUAAAUAAACUAUAGACAGAGAGAAAGAGAGAUAGAGAGAAUUAUUAUUACGGUACUUACUUUGACCAGACCACCCGUUCCCAUUGCCUACCAUUCCCCUCAGAGAUAAAAUUUCUGCUUUUAUAUAUUGAUAUAUCGAUACAUUUGUAAGCACCGGGAGAUAUGACAGACGACUCUUCACACGCUGUUUAAUCGUUUGAUAGAAAAAAAAUCAUUAUUACAUUCAUUACUAUUUAAUAUUAUUUUUU